AAGUGUAACAGGUUACUGCGCCCAAUGUCUUCAAUUUUUCAUUUUUAUUAUUUCCCUACUUUGUUCUUUUAUUUUCUUUCAAUAAAAGGGGGUUUCAAAUUACUAUGAAUUUUUGGACGAUCUGCCUCUCAAUCUUCAUCCUGUUCGCUUCAGUUUUGGCAGCACCGAAAAAAUGCGGACCAAAUGAGGAUUUCAAAGAGUGCGGAACUGCUUGUGAAGCCAACUGCGCCGAAGGACACGUGAUGUUCUGCACAAUGCAAUGCAUUGUAAACGUGUGCCAGUGCAAGGAUGGUUUCUUCCGUAACAAGGAUAAGAAAUGUGUUCCACGCAACAAAUGCUAAGCUCAAUUUCAUUAUAUGUUCCUUAUAAAUUUCACAAACUAUUCAAUUUUAAUUCAGCUUGCAAAUAAACCAUUUUUUAAUUUG